AUGUCAAGGAGCCCGUUGUUUGUAUUCACGUCCUGUCUGAUAGGCGAAUGGUCCAUGACGCACGCAGCAAGCUUCUCUACCGCCUCCAAGAUACAGAACAAGAUCUCUGAGGCCGUCAAGACUGACCGCGAGCUAGAGCACUACUACCAGGUCAUCGUCAACUCUACAGACCCUGCUAAGACCAAAUACCAGAACGCGUUUUUGACGGAUAAAGAUAGAAAGGAGCAUCAGAUUCUGAAGGUGUUUCAUGACACGGAUGCGGAUCCCAUGGGCUUGUCUGACCAUAUCAGAGAGGAAGAGAGCGUCGACCUGGUCAAGAUCGAGCAUCUCUUGGAUCUGACGGAGAGUGACAGGAUGGCUGCCAGACGAAGAUGUUCGUCCCGACACGAUCCCAUCCCAGUGCACCAACAAACCGCCCUUUGA